UGAAUAUGUCACUAUAACAAAUCGAAUGUAAUUAAAUCGUCUCGGAAUUGUGAGAAAUUUGGUACUGGUUUGAUUGUUUCUAAUAUUGGUUCUAAUUUUUAAAUACAAGAAUUUCACGUGAAAUGCUUCGUGUGUGUUUUGUCCUAAAAUUUAUUACCAAAUGUCCUAAAUUCAAGCAUAUUAUACGUGAGUGUAUGAAAUCAUGUGUUUUAUAACAUGUAUCAUAGCGGUUCAUAUUUUAAUGCCUGACUACGAACUUUAUUUUAUUGGGCACUGUUCCUGUUACAAUAGACUAGAAUGUUACAAUUCUAAAAAUACUUUUACCUCAUGUAAACGAGAAUGGAUAUAUCUGAUUAUUGUUGGAGAGCAAUUUAAAAUUAGUUCCUCAUGUGAAUAAAAUUUUAACCCAAUCGAACUUUUCCUGUUUUGAAUAACCAAUCAAAGCGAUGCUUUUCAAACAUUAUACAUUGGAAUACAUCAGUGUAUUUUAAAUCUCCACUAUUGUUAAUGCAUAAAUCAAGUUAUUAGAAUCUAUUGAUCCAUUCAGGACUUUCUAUUUCAUACUGAAAGCAAAAUCGUGUCCCAAGCCAAAACAGUAAUGCAACGCUAUUUCUCUCGUGUAUGAAACCAUGUACUCUCCGUAGUCAAACAACAACUUGGUAUCCAUCCGUGUUUGUAAUAGACGGGAGUAAAAAUUACGUGCACAACUCACCGACCUUUACGGAAAGCAACUGUGGCUAUGUUCCAUUUUUUCUGUUCUCAAUCGACAUUGAUUUGUUUUUUUUUUCUCCGAAUGUCGGAAUGUCAGCGGCCCGUUAUUUGCGGCGGGUACCGUAGGAUUUGAUGAGGGGGUGGUGUAAUUCUGAACCUGACAUACGCGCAGGAAUCGAAGACCACAAGACGCAGCAUGGGAGUGCUCUGGUUGCUGUCAAUUCAACUGGGUGGUUUGUUUGCUACGAAUAUUGUUUUCAAGGUGGCCCGAAAUGAAUGACGGGAACGCAACCACCACCGAAGUAAUUAGCAUGAUGAUUUGGACAGCAAUUAAUUGCCAAGUCACCACUGUCAGUUGCACUGCGAAUAGUGCCGAGCAAACGUGCGUUCUGUUUACGUCCUCGUCGUCGUCCCAAUGAGCGUCUGGGUGGGUUAGUCCGAUUUUCAUUGAGUCAUGAGACUGUGUUUGUUUCUGUUUUGUGUUGUCGGUUCGGAAAAGUAGAUGAAAUUGUAACUCCCCGUCAUGCUGUCCGGAACCAACAAAAAACGGUGCAUCUGGGAAUGGAAUUGGGGAAUGAUGCACAUCUACUUUAUUUAGGUCGAUAUGUAAUCAAUUGCGGUAUGAUCCAAUUUUCGCACUGGUGUUCUGUGCCAUGAUUCAGAAAGGCACAACUUUUUCCGAAGGAAAAUUAUACUUACGCUCAGUGGCAAGAGGGAUUAGCUAAGUUUUCCCGACCUGAAGAGAAGCAAAAUGUAUCAGUUUGUUUGAUGCAAAAUGUAUCAGUUUUUUGCUGUUUUAGAUUACGCUGGUAAUAUCCAUUUGCGGUUUCCUUCGUAGAUUUAUUCUACUUCAGACUGGUACUUUACUAGUUUAGUAGAUUUCCAAUAGAGUAAUAUAAUCAUUCAACCUCGAUUGAAGUUCCGAUUUUGAAAAGAGAUUUAAUCGAUAUCUCACAUAUCCAGCUGGAAUACUGAAUGUAAAUUAGAUUGGUAAUUUAAAACCGGGGUAAAAUAAAGCGGAAUACCAAUAAAAGAUUGAGCUUGAGCGGCCACCCCUGGUAGCUACUCCAUUACUGGUAGGGAUUAGCCGAAAUUGUAUAGGGAAUUUCUAGAUGAUCCGACCUGGGACUGGCAAAUCAACCUUCAAUGUACACCUUCUGGUAACCCCAGAAUUCUUUUAUCAGUACCGACGCCGGCCAGUCCCGAACGUAGAUCGACUAAGGAAUGGGAAGGGAUGUUAGUCCAACACUUGUUCUUACUAGAGGCCGUAUAUACUACUGCGAUGUGCACAAAUUUAGAUUCAAAUGAAAGGUCUUAUGGACCCAUACAAAGUUCCUGAAUUUCAUUUCGAUUCGACUUCCGGCGGUUUCGGAAUUACAGGGUGAUAUGCACCAAAAUUGUGAAAAUAAUGUUACUUUCCUCGAAGACGGCUGAACCGAUUUUCACUAUCCUAGAUUCUACUAAAAGCAGGGGCGUCUCGUCCUCAUGUGCACCUCGUGCACUGCACAACCGAUCAAAUUGAUGGAAUUAAUGCAUCCCCCCAUCCGCACGCAUUUAUUUUUAUACUCUCUAUUUUUUCGAUGAAAGCAUGUUGUAUGGCUCUGAAUAUAAAAUCAUGAGUGAUUUUGUCCACAGCGCAUUAUGCACAAAUUCUCCCUAAGCUGCAGCAAGCGCAUGCAGCUUAGGGAGAAUUGCAAAUUGCGCCAAUAACAGCCAAACAAUCUUUUCAUAUCGCAUUGCCGUGGUGCUCUGAACUCGAGUACUUUGCCUUGUGCACCGAAAUUGCGCCCACAUCUUAUAAUACAUCCAACUUAAAAUUUCAAGUAUCUCUAGUCGCUGUGUUAGUAUCUUUUCCGUGCACAUGAGUUACUGCACAGAUUCAAGAAGAAAAGAAAUCACUCAGUUCAGUCCUGAGAUUUGUCGCUCUCUCUCUCUGUCGCUUCUGGCUCUUUGAGAACUUGUAUGCACACCUUCAGAAGAGACUUAUGCUUAUGGCAGUUGAAAACGAAUUGCUGUCUCAGUUACAACGUCGAAGCGGUUUUUAUUGAUGAAGCUAUUGAAAAAUUUUUUCGUCCUGCAGAGAGCCGAAUUCUUCUAUGAUUCUAUGAUGAUACGAAAUAAGUUUGAAAAAAAACAAACUCCCUUCCGGAAGUAUAUCGUCGUUAUCCAUUUCUCAAUCUUUGGUUUUCACUUACAACGAACUGUUAUUUACGAUAUCGUACCACUCAAUCAGUGCACAACCUGUGAAUUUUGUCACGAGACGCCACUGACUAAAAGAAAGAUCUUAGGAAGCCUUAAGAAUAUUCCAAUUUUCAUUCGGAUCAAACCCUUGUUUUCGGAGGUAGGGUGCUUAGUGUAAAAAUGUGAAUUCCAAAAAUGUUUUUUUCAUAAGCUACCUCUUUAUAUUGGCUAGUGAAUUUCUCUAGUUUGCAGACCAUGAGAAUCUGUCACCUUAUUUGGUCCAUUGAUAGUCGCAUAAAUGAUUUGUUAAAUUUAACAAAGUCCAACGGUACUUUUUUUUUCAAAUUUCGAAUCGCCAUAGAAAAUCUUAAAAUAUUUUGUAGAUCUUUUUAGUGUAUGGUUGACACUAUACCGAUCUCUAGCUUUCGGUCCCAGAAGUACCGACAAUAAUAAUCAAAUGUGACUUCACUUUCUCACAUAUGAUUGAACAGAUUUUAACUAACUUAAAUUCAAAUGUACUAUAUCAAUGUAGUAGUAUUAUGCAAUAGGAAUCUUCAAAACUCUUUUCUAAAUUUUGUUUACAUUUCGUAUUAGACGCAUCAGUGCAUAGCAGUUUAAAUUGAACUGCUUCAUGCAAAACUCGGCAGUUCAAUUUGAACAGCUAAGCAGACGUAAAGUUUCUAAGCUAUUUGCAGAACAAUUUUUGUUUAGCACCGAAGUGCCAUAUCUAAACUGAUGUGCCGAACGAAAACGGAUUUUUGACUUUAAAUGGCCGAUUCAGGUUUUAUCAUUCAGGGAUUAGCCUAAUUUUGUGCUUAGGGCACAUAAUUUUGAAUUUUGUUACAUAGUUUUGAAUUUUGUUUACGUUUCGUCUUAGACUCACCAGCCAUAGUCAGCCUGAUGAGUCUAAGAUGAAACGUAAAAAAAAUUCACUUUUUCGCAAUAAAGUUUUUAUCUUUGGAAAAAAACGGCGGAAGCUAAAUUGUACACUUGAUACUAUUUACUUUAUUUUAUUUCUAUCAUUCAAUUUAUAAUCUUGAAAGACGAGCAACAACAUGGAAGAAGAAAAAAAAAACAAACAAAACUUUUCUCAGAAGCCAGCCGGAAAUUGAUAAGUUGAAUGGACUCAGUUCGGGUUUACAUCUCAUCCAAGUCAGUCGAUAAAACAAAACCGCUUACGUUGGGGACAGAAGAAACCAAGUACAGUAUUGUGUAGUGAACAAAAGAACGAUCUCGAAAUGAGUGAACCAAACGAACAGAAGCUACCGCCGGUACGAAAGAAUACAAUUAUUGUUGACUUCAGACAGUGCAAAAAUCGACCUUCGAUACGAGAACUUGAAGGUUUGCUUAAGGAGCAAAUGCAUCUUGACACUAAACGUGUGCAUUUACUUCAAUGCAAUAAGACCAAUAAUGUUGUUUAUAUCCAGUUCUAUAAAGAGUUGGAUGCAAUUCAAUUCGCUAAAGACAAUAAUAAUAUGCAUUAUGUGGAGUAUGAAAAUAUCAAGUACAACAUUCCAGUAUAUAUGGAAGAUAGUGCUAUAGAAGUGCGUGUGCAUGGUCUUCCCUCAAGCGUCAUCGAUCCUUAUAUUCGCCAUACCAUGUCCCAAUACGGGGAGAUUCUCUCUAUCGAAAAAGAAAAGUGGAAGAAUUUUUUCCCCGAUAUUCUAAAUGGCGUACGUUUGUUACGCAUGCGCUUGAGGAGGCCUAUAUCUUCUUAUGUGACAUUCGGUCAGGAUACAAGAAUACCGUGCAAAUCACUUGUUACCUAUGACAAUCAGAUGGCCACAUGUCAAUAUUACCAACAAGCUGUUCACUACGGUAAGCCAUGUGAUAAACCGGACAAGGAGACAACUAUACCAAAGGACAACGGUGCUUCCUUCACACCAACCCCUAGCAACCCCAGUACACCUGUGACAGUCACCGACAACAGGGAAGUAUCCCCUUCAACUAAACCCUCCAACGUAACCCCUAUAGAACAAAGGACACUAGCUGCAGUUAACAGCUUACCAUCCAACCAACCAGCAACUGCAAACAAUGUACAACAAGGCGCAUCUACAGCAACUAGCAACGAAAUCAACAACAAUACCACGGCAAUGGAUGACGAGACGAACCACGAACAAACUGCCCCUCAAUCCUCGCAGGAGGAAAAUGGAAGCUCCUCUCCCCCUAGAAAAAGGGUGACAACGAGAUCCAAUACAAAAAAAAAUUAUCUAAAAACUCAGCUAAAUCGGCCACGUAAAACUUGUACGCAAAUAGGCCUGAAUAAAAUAUCUUUUAAAUAAUAAAAAAAGUUGAAUGGAGUUGAAUGAAAAGAUAAUCUAGUAAAAUGAAGUAAUCGAGUAAAAACACUUCUGAAAUUAUCUCCUUUUACGACAUGAAAGCAGGAACCCAGUGAAUCUAUUCUGUCUGGAGAAAGUGGACCUCAGCUCCUCGGAAUAAUAAUAAAAGAUUGUGUAUGUUUUCUCUUACAGGAUGAUGUUACACAUCCUCAUUCACAUACACAUUUGAUUGAGAAUUGAGCCACACCAGGGGCCAAUGGUGUAUUCAUUUGUUGAUUUAUUUAGAGCAGGGAAAAGCCCGCUGAAGUUAAUUUCUGUCAAGCUUGCUCUCCAGCAGGCAUAAAACCUCCUCAUCUUUUAAAUCAACAGAUUACAAUCAUCCAAAUGGCACAUUUUCCUCAAAUCUAGUGCUUCUGUAGUAACUAAAACUAAUUAGACUAUAACCUGAGGAUCAAUUUGCUCGUUUUAUCCAUAUUUAGUUGUAGCAUAGGGAAUCCGACAAAAAGAAAUAAUAAAAAAAAUGCCAAAAAUCAAAUUAGUGUUCGACCCCCUCUUGUAGAAGGUAAAAUAUAAUUCAAUUCUUUCUUCUGACCAUGGUUAUAUGAGUCUGCAUAGGCUAGCUUUUCCGUUCUAAAUUCAGAACUGAUUCAAUCUAGAAUACCUAUUCGUCUUUUCAUUUUCAUAUCUUUCGCUUCUCCCAAUUAAUGUUUGCCGAAAAGAACCAAUCAUAAUCUAUAUAGUAGACAAAUUCAUUUUGCUCAUGACUCUUCCCGAUUCCAAAAGCUCCAAGGGACCGGGUUAGUUCGCCGAAAGUCUGUCCGAUAAAUAACACAUGGGCUGAAAAGUCCCGGGCCUAACAAGGAGAACACGAUUUUUUUGGUUCGAAAUAGACUUUAUUCAUCAACGAAGUCUUCAUCAAGAGCAACGCAAUCAGUCCAGCGCCGCUCCAACAUUUCAAUACCACUUUUGUAGAACGGUUUAUCUUUUGCUUCGAAGUAGGCCUCAGAUUCAGCGAUAACCUCUUCAAUCGUACGAAAUUUCUUACCGGCGAGCUCUUUUUUUCAGGUCUGUGAGCAGCCAGUAGUCGCUGGGAGCCAAAUCUGGUAAAUACGGUGGAUGUGGGAGCAAUUCGAAGUUCAAUUCAUGUAGUUUUGCCAUAUGCGGUCGUUUCUUUGCAUUUUCAGUCUUCAAACGCUCCAACAACGCUAUUUAAUGUUCACUGUUAAUGGUGUUUCCUUUCUCAAGAUAGUCGAUAAAUAUUACACCACGCACAUCCUAAAAUACCGAGGCCAUAACCUUUCUAGUCGAUUGUUGUGCUUUGGACGAGGUUCACCAGUUACUGUCCGGAGUGAAGUGAUGAAUCCGUGUUCCAUCCAUUGUCACAUAUCGACGCAACAAUUCCGGUUUGUUACGUUUACGUUUGCUCAGAAUCAUCAACACGUUCUCGUUUUUGGUCAACAGUGAGCAAACGCAGCACCCACUUUGAACAGAGCUUUCUUUUAGUCAAUUGCACAUGCAAUAUAAAGCCAACACGUUGUUUUGAUAUCUUUACGAUGUCAGCUAACUCAGAAUAUCAUGAAAAUUCAACAGCUGUAUUAGCAGAAAAAAGGUCACUGCAAUAAAACUAGCGGCAUCUACAUGUUAGGCCCGGGACUUUUCAGCCCAUAUGUUAGGAUGAUUUGCGCCCGAGACAAAAUAUGAUUUGUCGAGUGGGAUUGGUUAAGUAGGAGAAAAACGGUCUCUCUACUUCACGUCCGAACAAAGCAAGCAAAAAAAAGAUUCCGCCGUUUGUUUUAUCGCCACCAGAAACGUUGCGCCCGAGUACUAUCAUCCUAUAAUUUUCAUUUCCUAUUUCUAGUCUCUGGUUAGCUGAAAAUAGCAAAAAGAAGUAUUUACUAUUAGACGUAAUUGUUAUAAAAGUACUCAAAGUUACAAUGUUUCAGUAAGCAUAGUAAGCAUUGCCGAAUAAUAGUAAAUAGUGCCGUCCCCCUAAAAAAAACUCCCGACCCCUUUCCAUACCCGAUUCUAAUUAUUAUAUUGAAGAAAAUCCUAGUUUCUGUGAAAUGCUCGCACUUUGGACUUGACAUUCUCCAUUAAAUUCUGCACAGUUACUUUUGUGACUUCCCUGGUGGCAGCUGUCCAGUUUUUUUUUGAACUCCUGCAUGUUUUGGGACACUGUACCUUCCUUCCGAAAGUGCCGCUUGACAAUUGCCCAAUACCUUUCAAUUGGCCAAAGAUUCGGGAAGUUCGGUGAGUUGAUGUCCUUUUCCACUAAUUGUACAUUAUUUUUUGACACCCACUGUAGAACGGAGUUGGCGUAGUGGGCUGAAGCCAAAUCCGGCCAGAAGAGAGGAGGAGCCUUAUGCUUUCUGUACAGUGGCAGUAUUCUCUUCUUCAAACAUUCUUCCUCGUACACCUUGGCGUUAAUUGUGCCCUUCGUGAAGAAAAUCGACGACCGCAAACCACAGGUACAAAUUGCUUGCCAGACCAACACCUUCUGCCCAAACUUUUCCAUCGCCACCGUGGUGUCAGCGCCGUCCAGGUCCUGGUCCGGGCAGCGCUCGAGAGUCUUCCUUGGCGUAGGUUUCGUCGUCGAUCAGGAUGCAUCCGUCUUUAUUCUGUAGAAUCCGGUUAUACAGUUUUCGCGCUCUUGUUUUGUCAUGAACUUCCUGUACCAGGGACUUUUUCGGCACCUUCUGUUUCUUGUACGUUUUCAGGGAGUUCCGAACUUUGAUUCGCUCAAUCAUCCCGAUGUUGGUGUUGAACUGCUUGGCCAAAUCCCGCGUCGACGCCGAUGGGUUUUUCCUGAUGUACUCAACCACUUUUAAGUCCCGGCCGGGCUGGCUGGGGCCCGUUUUCCUACCGCAUCGGGGAAAGGGUCGUACCGAACUUCUCGAUAAUAUUUUUGACACUGCACCACGCCACUUUCACCCGUUUUGCAAUUUCGUUGUACGUGACACCACUUUCUGAGCACCAAUUGUGCAGAAUUUUCUUUCGCGUUUCCGGAUCAAUUCGAGUCAUCAUUGAAACGAUAAACCGCACCGAAACCAAUCGAUUGCGCAGCUGUUAUUGACAUGUAGACAAACAUGUUACCGCGAAACACGCUGCAAAAAAUUAAGCCAUUUCAGAGUAAUAACUGUUUGAAUGUUGCUAACUACUUAUCGAUACACUCCUUAUACAGACAAGUCCGUGACUGUAUCAUUCAAUUUUUUUUCAGAUUCACAUUAUUAUCUAUUUAAUCAGUCAUUUAGGGGUUAACCUUAUUUUGUGCUAGGGCACAUAACCAAUUUCACUAUCUUUACGUUUCGUCUUAGACUCGUCAGUGCAGAGCAGUUCAAAUUGAACUGCUUACUGCGAACUUAAACAGUUCAAUUUGAACCGCUAAGCAGACGUAAAGUUAUUGCUAUUUGCAACACACUUGUAAUAAGCACCGAAGUGCUAAGUCUUUCCUGACGUGCCGAACGAAAACAAGUUUCGACUAAUACUGGCCGAUUCAGAUGGUCAUUUAGGGGUUAACCUUAUUUUGUGCUAGGGCACAUAACCAAUUUCACUAUCUUUACGUUUCGUCUUAUACUCGUCAGUGCAGAGCAGUUCAAAUUGAACUGCUUACUGCGAACUUAAACAGUUCAAUUUGAACCGCUAAGCAGACGUAAAGUUAUUGCUAUUUGCAACACACUUGUAAUAAGCACCGAAGUGCUAAGUCUUUCCUGACGUGCCGAACGAAAACAAGUUUCGACUAAUACUGGCCGAUUCAGAUGGUCAUUUAGGGGUUAACCUUAUUUUGUGCUAGGGCACAUAACCAAUUUCACUAUCUUUACGUUUCGUCUUAGACUCGUCAGUGCAGAGCAGUUCAAAUUGAACUGCUUACUGCGAACUUAAACAGUUCAAUUUGAACCGCUAAGCAGACGUAAAGUUAUUGCUAUUUGCAACACACUUGUAAUAAGCACCGAAGUGCUAAGUCUUUCCUGACGUGCCGAACGAAAACAAGUUUCGACUAAUACUGGCCGAUUUAAUCAGUAAAAUUUACAUUUAAAGCAACAUGUUCCAGACAGAUUUUGUCACAAUAUGCUGAUCCAGGGGAAAUAAUGUUUGUCCUAUACAUAUUUUUUCUGUAUCAAAUAUUCUAUCAUAUGUUCUUUGAUCCGGGCAGUCGGCUACCGAGAAUUUUCGUUACUCUUGCAUUAUAAUAAAUCAUCUUCUGAAGUCAAGCUAAAGUAAAAGAAUGAAGUGAAUCACUUAAACUGGUUAUUCGAUGUGAAAAAUAUUUACUUGAUUUCAUACGAUUCAACGUUAUUUUGUUACAUGAAAACAUGACAGAUCUUUUAUAUGGUAAUCUUUUGAUGAAGACAUUUUAAUAAAAUAUUGAAUCGAUCAAAUACUUCUUUCGUUUCCUAACAUGCAAACUUUGGUCUUGAGAAAUACAAACUGACAAGCAAAAAUGAAAACCUGGGAGAGUUGGGGGUUUAGUUAGAACUGUGUACCCGCCCUAAUUGAACUGUCACUGCCACUUAAAAGUUCAGUAAUUCAGCCAAAAACCUAUAAAACUCGAUCUCCGAAUGUAUACUUAAACAGCUCGAACAUAACGACUGUAAUUUCCAGUUGAAAAAUAUAUGCGCAAUUUCCGUAACCCAGAAAGCAUCUGGUGAGCACGAAUGUGUUUCUUCACUGAGACGGCACUUGUUUUUCCUCACGUGAUGAUGGCUCUAAUGGUGUCAUCAUUAUGGUAAUAAAACUCAUUUCGCUCGGGACCAUUUUUGAAUUUCAGCAGCACUGCGAACGUCAUCAGGGAGGUAAGUACCGAGACAGACUCCCGGUGAGUACUAUUUUCGGAAAAUGACCAACAUUUAUUUGUACAAACCAAACAAACAUUUGGUAAAUUUACGAAUGUGCGAGACGUUGGUGUUUUAAUUUUUAUGUCGAUUGUGAGUAUUUCAUCUUGAACUCAGUACUGUCAGUACUGUAACAAAUAAUCUGAUUCCAAAUCGGUUCCACCCAUAGCUUGAACUGAUAUACCCACCCUUUGAUUCGGAAGCUUAGUCAUGCGGCACGUGUCAUACUACAAACUUCAAUAUGCUAUUAAUAUCACGCGAAUUCUCUGCCCAAAUGCGAAUGUCAUCACGUUUUGCUAACCGCUGAAUUAUAUUGCCAACUAAAACCAACCCACCUACCAAGUUAUGAAAAAUCUCACCCAUAUGUCAGAAUAAAUACGAUCCGUAGGAACCUUAGCCGACAUCCGCAAGGAUUUCGAAUACACAAAUCCUAACCUUUCCGUUUUCCACGAAUGAAAAACCGGUUUGGAUUCGCACACCACUCCAACAAAACGACGAACUCCGCCCGUCUGCGCACCAUUUGUCCAUGACAACGAAUCGAACGUGUUGACACCUUCCGUUUCACUGGAUUGCCACUAACCGGUUCUGCAGCGUUUUACCGAAUGUAAACCAAAUCAAGAUUUAUGGUGCACCUUUUACCGACACAUAGGUGUCAAAAGCCUCACGCGAACUGGUGGGAAGCAGACUGGCGGCUGGAGCUCGGCUGUACACGGGAUUAUGUUGGGGAGUCGAAUGGAUUACAUACAUUUCUGCAUUCAUGCUUCAAUUAAUGCAAAAAGGCUGUCGUCAUGUGGUUUUCAGGACGUCGACAUCCGAACAAGACGUUGGUGCCUAGAUGAUCUUCAGCAUCCUCCUCUGCUCGGUCUUUAUUCGGUCCGACGUAUCGAUUCUCCGUUGAGUAGCGUCUGAUGUAAGACGGAAACGCCAGCAAUCUCCGGUUCGUCAGUCAGAGAGAGAGAGAGAGCCCUUUUUCCUGCACAUUCACAUUUUCGGAUCCUUCGUCUGAAAUCACGUGUCUUGGCACCGCCGCUGGCCGGCCCUCUUCUGAUUGUGUGUGCAUUCAUUUCGUGCUACUGAACUGAAUCCGAUUUGUUGCAUGCUGUCAUAAUUAUUCCCCCCAUUCAGUCGAGCCACCAGUGAUUCGUACGCUUUUCACCGGGUCGAAAUGCAUAAGACCAACAAACAACUUUGUUUGUAACACGGUUGUGUGAGUUACCGCACCGUUCAAAUUAGUACCGCAAACUAAUUAUCAGCUCAGCUUGUUUGUUGGCCAUCGGCCUCAAGUGGGUCGCUAAUAAACGGUGGAAAACGGGCGAGUGUCGUUGGCAUCCGAGGGUUUUGCUCUACCACCAGAUCAACUAGGUUUUAUGUUGUGUUUUAUUGGUAAAGUUUGAGUCUCACACGGAUGCUGAUCGGCCGACAAAUGAUGAGGAAACGAUGCUACAAAAUACAAUUUAAGUAUAAUUUGGUGAAAAUUUGGGUAAUUUCGUUAAAUACACUUUGAUCCUUUAACUGGAGGACACUGAGAAAAUUUCCGGAAAGUGACAUCAUUUGUUACAAAGCUUGCUAAUCUUCAAAAUCAUGAUCAACAGGGCGCCAUUCGAUCCUGCAGCAGUUAAUUUGAGCCUGAGUUAGUCAUAGAAUUUAUCUUUUGGCCAAAACGAAUAAACCAACACAGGUGUUGUUUCUAGUCUUCUGUAAAAGUCGAUGGGAAUAAUAGGAUAACAUGCACCAAAAAAAUGGAAAAAAAUGUCACUCACUUUUCUCGUAGAUGGGCUGAACCGAUUUUUACAAACUUAGAUUCAAACGUCUUAUGGUCUCAUAGUUUGCUUUUGAAUUUCAUCUUUAUCCGACUUCCGGUUCUGACAUUACAAGAUAAACUAACUAAGAUGCAAAUAAAAGCUCUUAAAAUUCUUUAAAAAGUCCCCGACAAGUUGAUCCAGAUCCGACUUUCGGUUCCGGUAUUGCAGCGCGUCAAGUGAAAAUUUUUCAACUUCUUGAGUACUUUUUCACAAUGGUGAUGGCGAAAUGAGAUGCAAAUUUGUAUAAAACUUACUAGGUGCAAAUUUGUAUAAUUCAUCUGGUUGGCAGAUCUUGAUAGUUCUUACUUGGAGACUACUAGUUCCGGUUCCGAGAUCAACGAUAAUAGUGAAGAAAAGCUCCAAAAACGGAAUUCACUUCGAUUUCUUAGCAACGGUCAAAUCGACUUUCAGAAAUCUUGAUUCAAAUUGAAGCUCUCAUUGUCUUAAAAUACACUGCGCGAUUUCAUCCAGAUCCGACUACCGAUACCGAAAUUAUAUACUCAAACCGUCAUACAAAAUGACAAAUGCAAAACCGCUACGUGCUGGUACGAACGAAGAAAACACCGCCGCCUUGGAAGCCAAAUGUCUUAGAAAAUGCGUGAAACGUCGAGAUCUGGUGUAAUUUCGAAAAAAAAAUCACACUACAGUGCAAAUAAAACAAAUUGUUCUGCAAGUAGCAGAAACUUUAUGUCUGCCUAACGGUUUAUGUUCAACUGCUAAUGUAUUGAAAAAUAUUUUUUUGAUAAAAAUCGAAAAUUUUCUAAGUGUCAGAAUUCUUUUACCCUUCGCAUUCAGCUCGUUGAUACAUUAGCAGAUUAUGUUGAUCUCGGCGAUCAACAUAAUCAGCUAAGCAGACUUGCCGAACAAACAAAAUGUCAGAGUUGAUUUGAAAAAAUAACAAAAACACAAUUCCAAGACAAAACAAGAUAACCGCAUAACUUAAAAAAUGGCAUAAAAACCGCGUAACUUCGGAACUCUGCGUAAAAAACGGUUAAAAAUCGCAUAAAAAAGAUCUCAGUGUAUUGCGCGACCAGGCAUGCUAAUUACGUGUUACGGAAUCGAUUUUCAUUAUUACUGGGUUUUUAAUCAGUACCGAAACACCUUAAUACUAGUUGAAAAGUUUUCCUUAGCGAAAGACCAUGUGGUUAAAGUAGAAAAGUUAUAUUGAGAGGUUCUCAUAGUAUUGUACACUGUUCAGCGUUGAAUUUGCAGCGAACAAAAAUAUUUUUUUCUCAAAUUUAUCUAGGAUUAUUAUUAUUAUUAAUAUCAUUUAUUUUACCCCGGCUGUAACCUUUUGGUCGUUCACCGGGGGAGGAAUUUAUCUAGGAAACUAAAAGGAAGAAUGCCGAAAACGCAUUCUUCCGUUCAUCAAAGCACGUUAAAAAUCUGUACAAUUUUAGCCGAAUUUAGCUCUCUGCCACUACAGUCGAGAGGCACUUAAAUGAGUAUCGUGAAGGCGAAAUUAAUUUCAUAAACCUCCCAAUUGCCUUAAAUUUCACCCAGUUUUGCGGAAACUAAAAAGACUGAUUAGAAAUGUGUCAGUUAGUCCAAAAGAUGAUGCGAGAUAUUUAGAAAAUAGUGCGCCAUUACAUCGAUAUAAAUACGGAUUAUCAGAACUGUCACUAUUGACUACAACAAAUAAAAAAUCGUUUCUAUAUCCACCAGAUGGUCGGAUAAUGUCCUUCUUUCGCUAUUUUAAUCGUAUCAUUAUAAUAUUCACAAGAUUAUAUCGUGGGCCAUUUGUAACUAAUAAUAGCUUUCACACUUUCUAAAUCGAUUCCGGCAUCUCCGAGAAAUUUUGGCGCAUUGGAAAACACUGCGGUUGGCGGGUUCCUUACUAAUAAGAUUUCAUCUCCAGAGCCGGAAAUGUUAGCCAUUUCCCUUCGAAACUUGAUCAAUGACUAUAUGACUAUAAACAAACUCAAGUGCAAAUAAAUUCGUUAACUGAUCACCGAGAAAUUGAACGACAGAAAAACUGAGUUUUAUCGGUUACAUCACAUGUACCAUUAUAUCGUCGGAACCAAAAGUUACAGCAAUUUGAUUCUUGAACUUGAUCAAUGGCCCUAUAAUAGCUUUCAAACGAGCCUAAGCUUGUGGGAAUCGGCUCAGUCAUCUCCGGGAAAAUUGAGCUGUAAAAAAUCACAUACAUACACGCAGACAUUUUCCGAUCUCGUCGAGUUUAGUCGAAUGGUAUAUAAUACUAUGGGUCGGCUCCGCUCGAAAGUCGAUUAUUCAGCAAUUCUAUAUCAUUUCUACAGAUAAAGGCGAAACUGGCCUAGUGGGGAGAUAUAUAUUGUAUUCAAAUUAUUAUAACAUAUUUUUCUCAUCGAGAUAUUUUUGGAAAAAAAUUCAGAAAAAUCCAAUAAUUUCCACAUUGCUUCGGAUAAUUCACAAAAAAUAAGCUUUACCGCUUACGUCGCUUUUUCGGCAAUAUUUACGGAACCGAAAGAAUAAGCAAUAAUACAUUCGAACUCGAUUUCCAAUUUUCGAACGAGCCUAAGAUUUUUUUUAUUCAAUAAUAUAAUAUAAUUUUAAGGCACACUGCUUAAGCUCUAAGAUGCCAAGGGUAUUUUCUAAUCUUAAUUAUCGUCUAACUUAAAACUAGAAUAGUAGCAUUAUGUAAUUUAUUAUCGGGGUCGCGGACUCUCGAGAAUCCAGCUUUCAGCUGGCGAUCGGUACCCGAGUAAAGUCUAACAUCAAAAUGAAAACAAAUUGAAAUCUUAUUAUGAUAGCAACAUCAGAUUGAAGUCCUAAUAUGAUAUUGACUCAUCAAGUUUUCAAUUAAUAUGUCAUUAUGUUAUCAUUUUGCUGUUUAAAGCCAAAAGUUUUGUGAAAAUUAAAAAAAUGAAAAGAUUAAAAUCAACAACUUAGUGAAUCCAUUGAAAUUGAGCAAAUUUCAAACGGCAACACAAAAAUACCAAGUUAAUUUUUAAAUCGAUGAAUUAUUCCUUCAAUCCUGCUUUGACAUUCCCAUUUCGCUGAUCGUCUGCCGUAGAAGGAGCUUAUUUCAGAAUUUGAUAUGCGAAAUAUAUUUGAAGUCAUCGAUUUCCCUCUAGAUACAUUAAAUAUCCGAUCCUGCAACAUUUUUUUUUGCGUUCAGUUUAACAAAAAUGUUUCGAUAUUUGUAAUCAUAAGACGUCACGAAGUUCAUUCCAAAGUUUUUAGACCAUUAUUUUCAGUGCAUCCAGAAAUCGGAGAUCUGGAUGGCGAAAAUAAUCUACUCGCCAAACCCGUUCUGAAAAUACCCAUAACUUUAUAUCCAACAGUAUGGAAAAAAUCAUUGUUUACGAAGUUCGAACAUCGAACAUUGAAUGUCUCAGAUUUCAGAACCUAGAGCUAAUUCCUAAUAAUACUGUAGUGGCCACUAAGAAAAUAUAUGUUUAAUUUGUAUAUUCCUAAGUAGUCCAUAAACUGUGUUGAAGACACUCUUCAAAACAAUUCUCAUUCCUAGUUAUAGAAUUGUUUUGAAGGACUUCACUAACUCUAGAUACUAUGAGAUGUAUUUUAUCAAUCAUCUAAUAGAUCUUGGAAAUUUUAUACACUCUUCAAAAGAAACCUACCCAAAUCUGCAUAAUUUUGCGCCACAGGACUAAUUCUGCAUCAAAUGAUCGUAAAUUAUAAGUCUACACAAGAACUAAAAAUUUACUGAAGAGAUUAUGGUUCUAUCUAUGGUCAGAAGUGCGAUAAUCGUUCAUUGUCCCAAUUAGUCGAAAAAACAAAUGAUCUGGGAUACCUUAUUGCCAGAUUCCUAAUUCACGUUCCCUGUGUUUUAGAAGAUUUCACUGUAAAACGUUCAGUCUUCAGAGCCUCUAAAUUCGUAUUUCAAAGUGAUUACAUGUGCGAGUUGUGUGAGAUCAAAUAGAUAACUCAACUUAUUAUAAUGUUCGAAUGCUACAGCUUUGAAUAUGAGAAGGACAAAGAUAACAUUUUUAUACUGUGCUCAAAUAGCCACACUGCUAUUCACGGUGGAUGCGGGAUGGAAGCGACGCAACGAGUGUGCAUUGACAGAAACUACCUGCAUACAACUUUGUGAAACAACACUGCUUGUCAUAUAGCCGAUCAUUUUCCAUCUCCUUAGAGCUAGCACUUACAGUCCAUAGCAAUCGCAAAAAGUUCACAUUCCAAAUCACCUAUGUUCGAAACCGGAUUUUCUUGCUUGCGAGUAAUAUCGCCUAAAUAUAUACUAUCCCGGGUCUUUCAUGGCUGUUCUAUUUUUAGCUUAUGCUCGUGACGUGUCAUUUCGAGAAAAUCUACAUCAUAUUAAGUUCUCAAUGUGCUUUCACUGAGAGCAAAACUAGUUUUCAGUUUGAUGUCACACAGCAUUUUUUUGCUUUCGAUUUUGAUCUUUUAACCGUUAAAACGACCAAAACGAUAGCAAAUUAAGUAAUCGAUAUAUACGAACAGCACAACAUCAAAUUUAGCUUUCUUUUUGAUCUCACACUCUACUCUGGUAGUGGCCGGUGAAUUGAAUAUUGCAUGAGAGCCUUCUAGAUGGUAAGUAUCUAUAUUGGCCGCAUCCUUCGGUCCGUGUGGGUCUGCAGGAAAUACCCCCAGGCUACGAAGGCCCGGCGGGUGGCCCGCAUGUUGGUCAUCGACUGGAGCGGUCUUCCGUGGGCGGUGAUGGUGAUGUUACGAAAAAGAAUGAAAGAGAAGUAAAUAUUGUGGAAAUCGUGGUAAGAAGGAGUUGUGGGAACAAGAUGAACGAGCCUAAGAUUGUCUGAAUUGAAAAAAACCUGUUUUAAUCCACCUAGUGGUGUAAUGAUGCCUUUCUCAUGCAUAAUAUUGUGGUAUUCUAUUAAAAAAAUUUCGAAAAAAAUUAAGAGAUUGUUUGUACAUAACAUACAGGAUAAAACAGUGCUUUGAUUGCGUAAGUCAUCCUUAAGAAAACGAAAUGUGUUCACUAUUAUAUGCACUUCCGACACCGGAAUCCCAGAACCGAUAUAAAGGUAUAAAGUCGGUUCGUACGACCACCAACUAACAUGACAAACAAACUCUUCUAGUACGCACUCUAAAUUACGAUUUAAAUGUUUGUUGCAUCCAAAAAUAUUUUAAGUGACGGUGUACAAUAUUGAACACACUUUACCCUAUACCUCCGAAACCGGAAGUCGGAUCCGGGUGAAAUCCAGGAAUUUCGUAUGGAACCGGAAGACCUUUCAUUUGAAUCUAAGUUUGUGGAAAUCGGUCAAACCAUCGCUGAGAAAAGUGAGUGAGAUAAGUUUUGGCAUAUAUGACCACUAUUUCCGGUACUUCCGGAACCGGAUAUCGGGAACCAGGAUAGCCGGAAUCGGUUUGUUUAGUUACCUACUGAUAAUGACUAUCGAUUUGUGUAGUUUUAAGAGCAGUUAACAAUUUUUUUUACAUAUUUUGUUUCGCCGGUUUAAGUGACAGUGUACAAUUUGGUACACACUUUACUCUAUAACUCCGGAACCGGAAGUCGGAUCUGCAUGAAAUAAAGGAGUUCCGUAUGGGACCACGAGACCUUUCAUUUGAAUCUUUGUUUGUCAAAAUCGGUUCAGUCAUCUCCGAGUAAACCUAGGGAGAUUAUUUGACAGAGAGAGAGAGAGAGA